AUGGUCAAUCCAUCAACGGCCUACGUCACUCCACCCGAGCCCAAGUCUACCGUCGACUACAGCCUCCCCUGGCCCGCGACGACGAAGGCCGGCUCGGGCUCGAACGCUCUGGAUCCGACCACGAGGUUCUUCCCCGCAGCUGGAGGUGCGGCCCCACUCCGUCAUCAAUUGCCCCAUACCACCUCCUCCACCGCUUCCUCGCAGCGUAGGACAUGGGCUCGGAGAUUGGCACUCUUGGUCCUCGUCGUCGUGCUCGCGACGCAUCCCAUUGGUCCUGAUCUCAGAACAUGGUUCCUCCCCGCUUCGACGGUCCCGCGCGAAGGCGGUCACGCCAUCGGCAGCGAUGGGUUCAAUUGGAUCAUCAGGCGCCCUGGAGCUCGCAACGAGCAGGUGCUGGCGGGCACCACGAAAAGUUUGGAAGAGGUUUUUUUGAGUAUUCCGGACGCCGAGUCGGCGAGAACGACUUCGCAUUCGUGAGUCGAUCGCCGAUGUUCCCGAUCACGUGCCUCGUCAGAGGCCGUUUCCCCGCACGAGAGCCCCCCAUAUUCCGUCUCGGAGAAGGAGGGAACGCGCGCGCGCUUGGCUGCAGACGAUAUCGUAUUGCCACGUACGUACUGACUCUAACCACCACUUUUGAAACAGAUACACCUUUGAAACCCACAUCGCCGGUACACCCGCCGAUCGUCGCUCCGCCCUACGCGUCAAGGCCCAAUUCGAGCAGGGACUUGCCCUACCCCUCUCUGAUCCCGAAGCCAACGUCUUUGAAUCCGGUAGUUCGGAGAGUCGAAACGCCCUGUACGGAACGCCGAAGUCUGAGAACGAACAGAGGUCGAAGAAGAAGAGUUGGUUUCAGACCUUGUUGGGUCGGUAUGGGAUCGACUUGGCGAUCAACAGGGACGAAAUGCGUGCCGUUCGCCCGCGGGUCUGGGUCGAUACCUAUCACCCGUUGCUCAACUACCCUGUUCGACAAGCCCUGACAAUGACUCGACCCAACGAGGUCAAACCCUGCUUCGUCGCUUCGCUCAAGGAGGAUAUACUCCCCGAGGAUCCGACCUCCGGUCAAGGACCUCCACCCUUCCAUGGUUUUUCCAAGAACGGUACGGCCAAAGGCCAACUCGUCUACGUCGGUCGAGGAACGCACGCCGAGUUCAAAGCCAUGCACGCGCGCGGAAUCGAUUUCAAAGGCAAGAUCGUGAUCGCACAAUACUCGGGUUCGUUUCGAGGGCUCAAGGCGCAAGCCGCGGCCGAGUACGGAGCGGUCGGCUUGUUGAUCUAUUCAGAUCCGGUGACCGACUUUGAUCAAACCGUCGAAAAGGGGGUCAAGGCUUUCCCGCACGGACCGGCCAGACAACCUUCGUCGGUCCAAAGAGGCUCGGUUCAAUUCUUGUCAAUCUAUCCGGGCGAUCCGUUGACCCCUGGCCUUCCAGCGUACGAGAACGCGACCCGCUUGGAUCAGGACGGUUACGCGAGUUUGAACAUCCCUUCGAUCCCUUCGUUGCCGAUCAGUUAUGAGGAUGCGAUCCCGCUGUUGAAGAGCUUGAACGGCAAGGGAUGGAAGAAUGAGGAUCGGGAGGAGGGAAAGGGGUGGAAGGAAGGUGGGCUGAGGUACCGCGGCGUCGAGUAUUGGUCCGGACCUGGCGAGAACGAGGUCGAGUUGAUCAACAUCAUGGAAGGCGGCAUCAACAAGAUUUGGAACACGUACGCGCUCAUUCCCGGCUGCCAAGUCGAGGAGGAAGUCGUCGUGAUUGGAAACCAUAGGGAUGCGUGGACGUUCGGAGCCGGUGAUCCCAACUCCGGAACAGCGAGCGUCAUCGAAGUCGUCAAGGGCUUUGGGGACUUGUUGAAGAAGGGGUGGAAGCCGCGUCGUAGUAUUCUGAUCGCCAGUUGGGACGCGGAGGAAUACGGCCUCGUUGGAUCGACCGAGUUUGGCGAGGAUUACCCGCAGUUCAUCCAGGAGCGGGUUGUGGCUUAUCUUAAUGUCGAUAUUAGUACGACCGGGACGGGGUACGGGAUCAGAGCGUCGCCUAGUUUGGGCAAGGUCAUACAAGAGAUGUCGAGGAAGGUGUUGGAUCCGACGGCGCAGAGGGAGGGAACGACGUUGAUGCAGGGGUUGGAGGAGAGGAAGAAGGCGGGCGUCAUGAAGGGACAGGGGAUCGAGGUGGUGGAUGCGCUCGGUUCGGGCUCGGGUGAGUCGUCUGCAUUGUGCUCAGUUGACCACCGUUCUGUGAAAGGGCGUAUCUGAUCGGCACCAAACGAGAUCCCACAGACUUCACCGUAUUCCUCCAACACCUUGGCAUCGCAUCCUGGGAUACAGGGUACUCGGCCCUGCCUUCCGACCCGGUGUAUCACUACCACUCAUCGUACGAUUCGGCCUAUUGGAUGGACCAUUUCGGAGACCCUUCUUUCGAACGCCAUGUUGCUAUCGCGAAGGUUUUGGGACUGGUCGCGUUGCGGUUGAGUGAGGAGAAGGUCUUGAAUGGGAUUGAUGUGUUGAGUUAUGCGAGGGAGUUGGAGAGGUAUUUGAAAAAGGUUCCGAGCGUUCCGGAAGGGGUGCAAGGGGACAGGGAGGCGUUGAAGGAUGCGAUAAAGGAGGUGGGGGAUGCGAUUGAAGAGGUUCAACGUGCGGCUGAGGAGUUGGAAGAGGAAACGAGGGUGGUCGAGGACGAUCUACACGUGGUGGAGGGGAUGUUCGUCAUGGAAAGCUCGGUGCUGCGCGAUCUGGAGCGAAGGGUCAAGAGCAUCAAUACCCGACGCCGGACGUUCGAGCAAGGGUUCUUGGAUGAUCAGGGUUUGAAGGGUAGGGAAUGGUAUAAGAACCUUGUGGUCGCUCCGGGGAGGCAUCUGGGUUAUGGGGCGACGACCUUGCCCGGGCUGACGGAGGCGAUUACGUUGGACGAGGACUUGCAAGGCGCAGUCGAGGAGGCGAGGAGGUUGAAGGUGGUGUUUGGCAAGCUUGCGAGGAGGUUGAGGGAGACGUCGCUUCUGUAG